AUGAUUUAAAGAUUGAUAAGUAGAAAUAAAACUAUUUCCUUUUUAAACUCAUAUUAUGCAAUUCUUCAAAAUAUGGAAACAAAUAAUUAAAAAAACACAAAAGGUAAGGCUAAAUAAACAUUUCACUAUGUUAGAAAGGAUUCUAACAAUGGUCAUGAAACUAAAUAGAGUAUUGGAAAUAAUAUUUUAUAAUAGCCUUAGAAUAAAUUAUAGAAAAUAUGUUAAUUUUACUAGAUUGGAACAUGCAAAUUUGGAACUGAAUGUAGGAAUAGUCACAUAGAUUAAAAUAAAAAUGAUUAAAUGAAAAAAGAAAAGUAAAGAGUAGAAGUUCAAAAUCCAAUUGAGAAGUAUAAAAAUUAUAAGAAAGAGUAUGUCUUUGAUCCAAAUCUCACUUUGAGGUGCUAAUAACUUGCUUAGAUAGCUAGAGAAGAGAAAGAAAAAGGAUAUAAACUUUAAAAAGAAGAUGAGCUAAUAAUACACAGUCCUUCAGAGCUUGGAGACUAAUAAAAUUGCAAUAUGGUUCUAAUUAGACACGCUAUGUCUGAAUCGAAUUACAUAUAAUCUAAAUACACCUAAGGUAUUUAGAAAGAAAAGCUAAAAAAGUUUAAGUAGCACUUCAGAUAUUUCUUAUAUAAAGACAAUAACCUAUUUAUGGAUACUCCUCUGCAUCCAAUAGGUAUUAAGCAAUGUGAAGAUAUCUAAAAGCAUAACUACCAAAUAAACUACUAGACAGUUUAUGUAUCGCCUUUGAGGAGAACAUUGUAAACUUGCAUUGAACUAUUUAAAAACCAUCCACUUAGAGGGAAUAUUAAUUUUAUCAUAUAUCCUGAUAUAGCUGAAAUGCUCAAAAAGGAUUCUGAUAUUUUCUUAGUAGACUAGUUUAAUUAGCUAAUAUAAGAGGCAAAAGAAAAAUAUAAUAUGCAUUUCGAUACAGAAACAUUCUUUGAGCCUGAUUGGUAAUUUAACCACAUAAAUACUAACUAGCAUCUAAAAAAUGUUACUUAUACUCCUUAAUUGCUUAAGAGCUUAAUAGUCUAAGGUUUCCCCUAACCUUUAGAAAAUUUUAAUAAAUUCUAAGAAAGAAUAAAAAAGGCAACUCGAAGAUUAAAACAAAUAUAAAAGGAAAAAAAAGAAUUAACAGGUGUUAUAACACAUUCGCUUGUAGCUAGAGAAUUUAUCAGCAAUGAGGAUAUGGAAAAUGAUGAAGAAAUAGAAAACUUAGCCUUUAUUUAUUUUAAUAAUAAAUGA